UAGUUCAAAUUUUGUGCCAGAAGCAUCAAUUUGGCAAAGGAGCACUAAAUAUAUAACUAUGUGGAAACUUACACAAUCUCUCCUCAAAAAGCAAGGCCAAAAAUUUGUGAUUGUUCUUGCACCCCAUAUUCCAAAAGUGCAAAACAGCUGUAAUUACACUCCUUACCAUGAUGCCCUUCAGCAUGACGUACUGCUUCAGGGCAGAGCCAAAAUUGUCAACUCAUAUCCCAUAGAUCCUCUACCAAAUAUAACUUAUGCUGUGCUUGAUGUCUUCAGCAGAAGUUACAUCAACUGGGCUGACAGAUACUUGCUCAGAUUGUACAACCUAAGUCAAUUCUCUGGCAUAUUUCUUGAUCAAAACUCGCCCACCAACUUAAGUGGACAACGGACACUCAAAAAGCAUGCACACUUGCUGGCGUACAAGUGCAAGAACAACACUGUAAAUUUCCCAUUCAUAAACAUCGGGUCAGAACCACUCUUUAGUGACACCAUGUGCAUGGAUACAGUGCACAGUGGCAACAUUUCACAUAUAAAUGUGCACAAUGUAUAUGGACUUGAAAAUGCACGUGUCAUUUCUGAAGUUCUCAAAUGUCAGCAUCCCAAAUAGGCAACUUUUCUGGCAAGUGCAUCAACACACCAUGGUAGUGGGAGAUUUGGUGGUCACUAUGGAACAAACUAUGGGGCAACGUGGUCCAUGCUUCAAAAUGCACUGGUGCACAUGUCAGGGAUGUCCCUCUAUGGAGUGCCUAUGUACGGAUCUGCCAUCUGUGGCACCUAUGGAGUCAUAAGCUAUGAGCUCUGUGCCAGGUGGUACCAGCUGAUCGCCUUCAGUCCCUUCAUGUUCACUGCUAGGAGAGCUGGUCAAGCACACGCUGACCCUUAUUCACUUGUCCAAGUACGAGAUGUCGCCAGGCUGGCAAUCCAGCUGCGCUACAGCAUGCUCGACUAUGUGUACACGCAACUGAGGCUGUGCACUACAACCGGACACCCUUUCCUCAGGCCCCUGUUUCUCGAGUUCCCGAGUGACAGGACUACAUGGAGAAUCACAAAACAGUUUUUCUUCGGACCGGCUCUGAUGGUUGCACCUGCUGUCGCACAAGGGAUAAACGAAGUGGAUGUAUAUUUCCCGAAUGCAGGGUUCUACGACUUCUUCAGGUACACUCACGUUGCGGUACAAGGCAAAAACCGAUGGAAGAAUGUUGUGAUGACGGAGUACCAAACACCGACCUAUCUAAGGGCAGGCCACAUCAUGGUUGUCAGGAGGCCAGACGUCACAGUAGCACUGACACAGAGGAAUCGUGUCUCGCUGAUUGUGGCAGCAAGACAACGCCUUGUGGACAGUGAUUCUAAAGAAAACAAUGUUCUUCUGGCCCAAGGUGAGCUUUGCAUCGACAGUGACUCAUCACUUCCGAAGAACACCGGCACCACAGUCAAGUUCAAUUUUUGGAAAGAACAUGUGCAGUUUGGCUCCAAGUAUCAGUGCUACCUUUUUAAAAUAUUAAUCCCCGAUUACAUAGACAAAACUAUUUUUUUUUAA